AUGGUGUCCAAUACGUCCGUCGAGCGCUUUGCAUUCCGUUCCGGGUUCGAAGAGCCUGCUGCUGCGAAUAUCAGAAGUGGCGCCCCGCUGGUGCAGGCAAUCGGAGGUGGCAGCACAGCACAACAGCCACCGACGCGCGGAAUGGAGGCUGCUACUAUGCGACAAGAGGCGGAGAAGCAGUGGAAAGACUACGAAGUGGUUAUGGUGAGGAAAAAUCCUUCCUCCUCAUAUCGAAAAGGUACGCCUCAGAAAAUUUGCAAUGCUGAUUUGUGACCAGAAAUCAACUCUGUCUUGCAAGAAGGCAAGUCCACAUGCUCCGCCGCAUUACGCCGGCGGUUUGUGAUGCUGUUGGCCCUACAGCGUCGACUUUUGUCAUGCUGGGCGCCUAUGUCAAAACCUCUGCGCUGAGGCUUAGGAUAUGCCUGCAGUCCUCUACUGCGAAACAGAUCUGAUUUGUGUACGCAGAUCCAGCAUCAGAAGUUUUGUUCUGCUGUGGGGAGGGGUGAUUUUUCCGCGCGAUAGUGGUCGAGCUCUUGGUCUCGGUGCCACCACCUCCUGCAGCGAAAAGUGAAGAUGCUGCUGCAGCUCCUGCGGGUCCGACGACAGACACGAAUCUGGGCAUUUUUCAUUGUAAUAUCCUGAAAGCGCUGUUCUUCGUGGUUCCGGCCCCAGGCGGAGGGGACGAAGACACCAGCGUCCUGGCGAAAGUAUCAAAUGUAAAAAUGUCUGGGUCUGGAAGAUUCUAAACUUGUAAUGCUGUCUCUGGAUUCUAGAAAAAUUUGUAUUGCAUGACCAGCAAAAUAAGGACUCCAGUGUGUGCUACGUGGAGAGAGCAUUAUUUCUCAUGUGCUAGAGGCAUCACAAAGUCCUCUAACAAUCUGUGAUGCUACGGCAUGCAUCACAGACAUCAUGGGUCAUUCAAAAUAUGCAUGACAAACCUGGCAAACUUCCAGCCCCAGACAUUUUUGCAUUCGAUAGAAAGCGCUCCAAGACCACCAGCACAUGGUUUCACCCACGAACGUAUCAAAUGUAAAAAUGUCUGGGUCUGGAAGAGUCAUGCUGUUUUUGCAUGACACAGAAGGUCUGGCAUGGAAGCUCUAGCAUCACAGGUUUUGAGAACCUUCCGCAAUGCCGAAUCCGCAUGACAAGUCCCCUAUUUUGGUGGCAAAAAGUGGGAGCUUUUGCUACGUAUGCAUGAGAGACUUUUCUGUGUUCUGAAAUACGCAUUACAAGUUGCAUUCUUCCAAACCCAGACAUUUUUACAUUUGAUAGAACGAAAACGGCAAGAAUAAUAUUGGCUUCUUGCUUCCGAGUAUCGUACGAAAAAAGUGUUUCACUGUGAUGACUUUGCAAGAUCUGCAUCACAAGUUUGCUACACAUGACUGAAAAUUUGUGAUGCGCGCUUCCCAAGGGAAAACACGCUUGCAAAUCCAAUGCCUUGCUGGUGUAGCAAGCCAGAGAGUUCUGUGUUCCAUUUUCUGCAUCACAAGUUCACAGUGAAACAGUUUUUUCUCACGAUACCGAGCACCGAGAAGCUCCGAGAGGUCGCGCAGCAGCUGAAAUCGAAGCAACAAGUAUCGACCUCCACGCGAAGGAGGAGUCUACAACCACUUUCGUAUGCACUGCAAAUAUGUCUGGGUCUGGAAAGUUGGAACUUGUAAUGCUAGCUUUACAUUCCUGGGAUGAAAUCUGUAUUGCAUAACCGACAAAUAAAGCCGCACCCAUUUUUGUCAUGCAAAAACGCAGUUUCUCGUGUGGGCUGCCUAUGAGAAAGUGCUCCGGAUGAAAGUUGUCAUGCUGGUCUGCAUUCGGAAGUGUUUCCAUCAUGCACAUUUUAGCAUCACAAGUUUCCAGACCCAGCUAUAUUUGCAAUCCAUAUUUCUGGGGCCACUACAACAAAUCCAGUUCCUAAGGUCGUCGAGAAAGUUACCGUGAGGAAAAAUCCCUCCUCCCAAUAGUGAAAACGUAUGUUCCUAAAAAUUUGUGAUGCUGAUUUGUGAGCACAAAUCCUGUCUCUCUUGCAAGAAGGCAAGUCCAAAGAAUUCGCCGCCUUAUGGAUGCGAUUUGUAAUGCUGUUUCACUUACAUGGAGAGCCUCCGUCAUGCUAAGUGCCUACAACAAAACACCCCUAAGUGCCUACAUUUUUAAGCGCGUCGUUGUUGCUUCUUCAGAGGUGGACAAGCGGAACAAGGACGUCGAAAGGAAAAGAGGUGGAUAGUACUGGUUUCAGAAUGUGAAUGUAGUUUCUAGUUUGAUGUGGCGCUACAACCUAAUAGAAGUUCUACAAGAAAUAGAAACACCUACGACGCCGCGUUAUUCAUCUUAUGUGAUGUGCCUGCACCCACUACACUCGCGUAGUGUAGCCUUACCUGCUUCGGUUGUAAUGCUUGACCUUCUUGAUUCAACAAAAUUUUGUAUCUCAUACCCUCCUUCGAUAUUUUCGGAAAAAGUACCAAAGCGGGCCAUUACAAGUACUUUCGGGUCUUCAAGAUUCCGAGCAACGGCUAUCCACAUUACUUAAAUUUCCCGUACGCCUUCGGAGAAAGAAAUGCUGUUUCUGCGUGAUGACAAUCCUAUUCAGCAUGGCAAGUGGUGGCACACAGCCCUAAGGUGGGAAGUUUGUCAUGCAUUUUUGUCAACGUCGACCUCGAUGCGUACGGGAAAUUUGUAUUGCAUAACAGCAAGCCCUUGCGAAUGGCGGGCCGGAAUAACGACGAAUUUCUCGGGAGGUGCCAGUACUGGUUUGGCCGGGACAGCGUAGAGCCAGCAGCUCCUGUGAAAGGAGGCGGCGCCGAUGCCAAUGUGCCGGGUACAGGAGGAACAAACGCGGUGAAAGAAGACGGUGGAAACGCGGAGGAUUUGGAAGCUUGUCAGCUCUUCCAUUUGCGACUCGGUGAACCACACAUUGCACCGACCAAUCUGGUGCGAAACUACUUCAGCGGGUUUUUUCUAUGA